AUGUUAUCCAAAAAAGGUUAUUUAAUUCAUUUUGCUCGUCUAUUCUUUGCUAGUCUCUUAUUUGGUAUCUGUUCAUUAUUCUCGCAUGUUUGGAAUAAAUAUCAACCAUUUAAUCUUGCAUUUCAAUUACAACGAUGUCAAUCAACAAUAUCUAUUAUGAAUAGUCCUCAUAUUAACAUAUGGAAUUGGUUAGAAAAUUUUCAUUUUAUUCAUCUUUUACCAACAUUUUCUUUUUUAACAAAUUCAAUUACACAAAAAUGUCAUUUAUAUAUCAAAGAUGAUUAUCCAAUAAAUAUUAAUAAAUUUCUUUAUUUCAUUCUUUUCAUUUAUUUUGGCUAUCAUUUAAUUCAACUUUUAUUUUUUCAUUAUAAUCUUAAACAAUUAGAAGAAAAACAACAUUUUUAUGCAUGUCUCUAUAGACAAGAUCAAAAACAAAAAAAGAGAAAAUAUCGAUGA